UAUGUUUCAUACACGUACCUGCGGGGAAAAGGCUCAGUUCCAUCCUGGUACCGUGCCAAUCAGCCAAAUUACCACUUCUAGCAUUUUCCGCGGCGGGAAUCCUUAAAUUGGCCACAUUAUGGGAGCUCUAGUAAGCCAGUGUGCUUACACCUUUCCUUCCUUCCACCUGGCUCAAGUAUCACGACUCUCAGCUGGCUUAACAACACGCACGCUGUGGUAGCAUUGAGAAAACAUGGUACGAUGCCAAAGUGUAGCGCGAGUCUCCAAUCACAUAGAGUUCAACUUUCGAUUGGCCGCGAUCAUUCGUUUCACUGCGUUAGCUACCUCUUCCCAACCACCGCAGCAAUCUCUCCCCUAGUGUCACCCAUCAUUCCUGCCUGAUGCACGAUUAUGAGCGUCUUGGUUCUACCCACGCUCUUUAUAACAGGUUCUAUCUCGGCUUUGUUGAGCUCGGAGGAGGAUCACUGAGUGGGGUUCAAAAAAAAAUCAAUAUGCCAGAUGCUGUUAGGAUUUUGGAUGGGAUGACAGGGACGCUAGUUAUUGAUGUAAGUGCCUGUUUUGCGCUGCUUCUGAUUUUGGCCUUUGUGCUUGUGGUGUAGGAUGUUGAUACGCUGGGUAAGGGUAAUACUGACAGGUUUUUAUAAAAACAUCAGGAUUUUAAAUAGAUGCGGGUCACUGAACGGUAUCAUACUGUCAUCCUUCCCCUCGAUGCAGUGUUCCCUCGACUGCCAGGCAGGGAAAAGGAGGCCAAUCUAUCGUUUGUCUUCCCGAUCACAGGAAGAGCCAGAGAUAGGAUGUGAUUUGUGAUGCAUGUAAGUGGCAACGAUAGUAGACACAACGUAUGUACGGCUGUGUUUUAUUACGAAUGGGAGUAUCUUGUGUAUUAGCGAAAUUCGAUUGGUACGCGACGAAGUGAAAAGGGUAUCAUAGCGAAGCCUCCUGUUCCCGACACGUGUGCCAAGACGUGCCAUGCGCAAGACAACUCAAAUCGAAUUGCGAGGCACGAUCGUGUAUAACCAGUGUGUUUCCUGG